AUGUUCGGCCUCAUCAUCUCCGGCCGUCCAGUCGACGCCAAUCCCCAAGCCAUCACAGAAGCCCAAUACGCCUUCCGAAUACCAACAACACCCGUCUUCAGCCACAUCGUCGUCUUCAUAUUACCCGGGAUCCAAUUACCAGAAGGAACAGCAGCGACAGUAUACGUACAGAUCCCACCUUCACAAGAAUUCAAGCUCCUCGGCGGCAUUGGACCGGGAAAGGAAAGUGCAAUCUUCAAAGUCUCUGGGCUCAAAUCGAGGGGAGCGGCUGAUGCGGAUGGAAAUGUUAUGGCUGAUGAUACCAUGGCCGGUGCAGCGGCUACGGGAGGAGAUAUCGUGGUUGGGAUUUCGAUUGAGCCGGUUGCGCAGGUUGAACAGCAGCUCGCGACAUUGCAGUCUGGAGGUGUACCAAAUCAGCCGUCAAGUGCUAUGGUGAGGCUGAACCCGAGUAGUGAGAAUGCUAAAGUCACCACGAAAGUGCUGGCGCAGAGGAUUAUCGGCAAUGCUUUCAACUUUCUGGCGAGUUUUGGAAGUGAUACCGUUCCAUUGAAGGCGUUUCAGGAUUGGUGGGUAAAGUUUGAGAAGAAAGUAGAGCUGGAUCCUAGUUUUCUGGAGAAGGAACAAUGA